CCAACAACAACAGCAGUAACAACAACAACAAAAGCGUCAACAGUCAUGUCAACUUCCUUGCGCACAACUGCCACGACUGAAGCUGUCACUCAAGCGCCUGUCGCUUACAUCAACCAAGUGCCGGCCAAAAUCCCUACUUGGACCAUUGCUGGAAUUGCUUUAGGUACUGCAGGAUGUGCUUUACUUUUGUUUGGAUUGUUGCUCUUUAUCAUUCGCAAGAAAACUAAAGCAAGGAGGUACAAAAGAAAUAUAGACGAUUGGGAAAUUCCAUCAAACAAAGUAGUGCUGCUAGAAGAGCUCGGAGAAGGAGCAUUUGGUAAAGUAUGGAAAGGAUACGUUCGUAGGAAAACCCUCCGAAACAAGACAAUACUAGCUGAAGUUUGUGGAAAAAGUGGGUCAAAAACGACUGAUGAAGAGUCUAUGGUGGUCGCUGUGAAGACACCACACAGUCGCGAAGAAAGCGAUGACGAAAUGAAGAACGUAAUGAGGCACGAACUUCUUCUUGAAAUCGCGUUCAUGAAGACCGUCGGUUACCACAGGAACAUCAUCUGCAUGCUUGCUUGCUGCACGUUGGAGGAUAAUGUGCUUUUGGUUGUGGAGUUUGCCGAAAAUGGAGAUUUACUGACGUUCUUGAGRAAUACUMGGARAAAGAUGACAACACGGAAAACUCCUGAAGUUGAAUUGGAAAUCCAUGAAGAUCRAGUCAGCAUAAGUUCCCAAGAUAGCGCGGAGAACGGCUUUCCGAUAGCAAAGUUACAAACUGAYUUCCUGUCAUUUUCCUGGCAGAUUGCCCAAGGAAUGGAAUAUUUGACAUCUAAAAGAAUUGUCCAUCGCGAUYUCGCUGCUCGUAACAUACUGCUAGCAAMUGACAACCUGGUCAAAGUGGCUGAUUUUGGACUUUCUCGUCAAACCACGUACAAGUACCAAAUCUACCAGGCACAGGAACGCCGAAGGCUGCCAGUAAAAUGGAUGGCACCGGAGAGCAUUUUCGAAGAGACCUUUACAACGAAAAGUGAUGUAUGGUCGUAUGGGAUAGUUCUAUGGGAGAUAUACUCUCUUGGUGGAGCUCCCUACCCAACCAUCUCUAACGCCGAGCUACCAAGCCAACUAAGAAAUGGUUAUCGAAUGGAAAAACCAGACCUCUGCCCUGAUGACAUGUACGAUUUGAUGUCUAAUUGCUGGAAAGGGCAAGMGGAAGACCGACCAUACUUCAGUGACGUCAUCCAAACUCUUGAGACCCUGAUGACACGUGACAAUCCGUACAUUGAGUUCACGGGAAUCGACGAGAACAAGGAAUACUAUAUGGUGCCGUCUUUCAAUAGUGUUCCCGAUGAGUCURGCGAGGAAGCUAGUGUCCCGGCAUGAGAUGACAAGAGAAUCCCCGAAAAAAUAGAAUUGGAAGAGAAAAAUAAGGAGACUAACCAUAAAUAAAUUAAGUUGUAGUUUAAAUUUGUCAUUUUCGACAUAAAAAAUGAUUUACAUUGGAAACAUGGCCAAGAUAAUUCCAAAAGUUUCCGUAAUCUUGCUCAUGGCCUGCUUGUAUUCCCCAUUUUUAAUUUGCUUGUUUUUUCGUAGUCCAUUAUCUCAAAAAUCUAUUGUUUUGAAAGAUUUUCGACCAAUUUMAGAUAAAGGUACAGAGUGAAUAACAGCCUUUGGCAAUGCCUUAAGUGAUCGGCGUCGAUAAACCACAAUAUUAUCCAGUCUUAGAAAGUCUAAGUCUAUAAAAUGACGGUUAAGUUUGAAAAUUUGACUGACUUUACCUAACCUUGAUACGGUUAGGCCUUCCGUUUAUAUAACCCAUAAAAUAACGGAAAUUGUAGCGAAAAUCACCCGUAUAUUCAUGAAUAAAAAGCACGUAUCUUCAAAUUCAAAAACCCGAUUUAAACAGAUUCAAACGUUGUAGCUAAACCAAAAUCUAAUCCUUUAAAUUUCUYCAUAUUUAAUCAAUACAAACAGUCAAAUGACGAAAAUUCUGGCAGCUAACUUAAUACAUAAAUAUAUCAAUAAAUAGRGUGAUURAUAUUUCAAAUAUAAAUYUUUAAUUUGUUAUAAAACUGUAGAUUCUGCAUGUCUUUAAAACACAUAAAUUCAAAGUAUUUGAAUGGUUUGCGAUCUGUUUUAGCGAGAACAGAGAUCACAUGAAAGUACCCAUGAUGCACCUGAUAUUUGUUAGCGGUCAGAAUUUUGCAAAUGACUGCCUGUGUUCUGAAAGAAAUUUGAAGAACUUGAAGGUUUUCAACCUUCUUUGCUUGAUAAACAUAUCAUAGACCAGUCGACUGGAUUUAUUUCAUWUAAUCCUUUAUUUUAAAGCUUGACGCAUUGCAAUAACAAGCCCAAAKGUGACAAUGAUUUUUGUGUUUAAACAAUGAAAUUGCAAUAAAGGUAGAAGGCAAAACAAUGAUGGAGUUUUUAUGUGAACACGAAAUACAUCAACGACUCGGAAAAAGGCAAACAAGUUAUCAUUGACGACGUUAUCAAAUAAUUAAAUGUAGGAAAACAAUGAUACAUCGUUAUGUUUUUGAAAACAUGUUUACUCGCUUACUUUGAGUACUGAAAAUAACCUUUAUCCAAUCAYUUUAGAUAUAUCUAAAAAAAACAGUGAAAUCCUUUAGGCAUCAYCRGGGAAGGUCGGGGGCAUUUCAUUUAUGCUAGACUCUUUCCAUGUUAUUAAACCACCGAAGAAAGUUGAAAAUAAUUGUUUGCCGCAUUUAUGAUUUGGUUCUUUAAGAUGRCAUAGUAGUUAUCAAGUGUUGAAUGGCUUAUAAU